AUGGACAGCCUCUGGCUCUCCCAACGCUACCACAACCACUCUGACAUUUACGACGACAGCCGCCGUGCCAACCCAACAAUUUGUCCCGCAAAAAGACCCAGCCCCCUCAGCCCGACAAGAAGCAGUUCAUCAUCGAACCCUUUCAAAGAUUUUAUUGGAUUUUGGUUAGGGUUUAUGGCUCGAUUUGAUUUUGUUGAUUGCUUAGUUGACAAUAGAUACUUGGCUGAUUGUUUGGGUUGCCUACUUUUAGGGGAGGUUCUGCCGAAAUUUUUCGGUAAAAUCUUCUUUAAAGGUGGGUCCCGCAGGGCUUCUUCGGGUUUCAGGAUGAAAUUUGGGGUGGGCCUUGUCAUGGGUAUUUCUCCCGGACUAGGCAAGUGCUCCAAACUACGAAUUUUUCGUGCAGGCUACAAUAAUCUAACAGGGUUACUUCCGGAAGAUAUCUAUAAUGCUACCACACUCGAAGAGAUUGAGUUGCCUAGUAAUUCCCUAUAUGGAGCCAUUAGUGAUAAAAUUGUCAACCUCACUGCCCUCAACACUUUUGAUCUCUCUUAUAACCAUUUCAGUGGUGUUCUCCCUCCAAGUCUUGGGAAGCUCUCGAAGUUGAAAUUCCUAGUCCUUGAUUCGAACAAUCUAGAAGGUCCCUUGCCCCCUUCUUUAAUGAAUUGCACGAAGCUCGUAGAACUACGUAUAGGAGCCAACAGCUUGGAAGGAGAUAUCUCCACGUUUAAUUUCUCCAAACUGAGUCAACUUAGUAAACUUGAUCUAGCGGUGAAUCUCCUCACCGGUACUGUGCCAAGGAGUCUUUACUCGUGCAAAUCCUUGAAAGCAAUUCGCCUAGGCGAAAAUGAUCUAGAGGGACUAAUACAACCUGAGAUUAUAUCGUUGUCAUCCUUGUCCUUUUUAUCCUUUAGUUUCAACAAACGACAAUUGACCAAUGUCACAGGGGCAGUGAAGGUAUUAAUGGGUUGCAAAAGUUUAGUAUUCCUCACCAUUUCAUCUAGUUUUCUAGGUGGUGAAAUGCCAGGUGAUGACGGGAUUGUUGAAUUUGAUGGAUUCCAAAGUGUUCGACUUUUGGAUUUGAGUUCUUGUGGACUCACUGGUGAAAUACCUGGAUGGUUAUCUAAGCUGAAGAAGCUGGAGAUCCUGAAUCUGAAUUCUAAUAGAAUCACAGGGUCAAUUCCUAGUUGGCUCGGGACUUUACCACGGCUGCAUUCUAUACUCUUGGCAUCCAACCAAAUUUCAGGUGGUUUUCCAAAAGAACUUUGUAGGCUGCCGAUGUUGGUACAUGGGCGAGCUGCAGCUCAAGUAGAUCGUAAUCAUCUUGAGCUGCCUAUAUUUGACAAACCGGAAGAUGGAGACACUAUACAGUACAGUUCUUUGUCUCUCUUUUCUCCAAUGAUUGAUCUAUCAAACAACAACAUGAGUGGAAGUAUACCUUCCGAGAUCAGCCAAAUGCAGUUUCUCAGUGAGUUGCAUCUUAGCUUCAACAACUUUUCUGGUGACAUUCCACACCAAAUAUCUAAUCUUAAAAAUUUAAAGGUAUUGGAUCUCUCCAACAAUCAUUUGUCUGGGAAGAUUCCAGCCUCAUUGACAUUCCUUAACUUGCUGGGAAUUUUUAAUGUCUCAUACAAUAAUCUGGAAGGACCAAUUACAACAAGCAUUCAGUUUCAAAGCUUCGGUGCGUAUGCAUUUGAAGGCAAUCCAAAGCUUUGUGGCGCCCUGCUUCAAAAAGAGUGUCAACCAAGAAAGGUCAUCGAUGGGGUCAUCGAUGGUGAUGAAAAGGGCAAAAACCAAGAUGUCGAGAAUGCGUCUCAAAAUCAAAAUCCAUGGUCUUAUAUUUCCAUUGUGCUUGGGUUCAUUACAGGAUUUUGGGGAGUUUGUGGUCCUUUGAUGCUCAAGAAGACAUGGAGAAAUGCAUAUUUUCAAUACCUAGACAAUGCUAAAAAUAAGUUCAUUAUUGAUUGGAUCCGGCUAUUGGCAGAAGACGACAUAUUUAGUGAGAUACCAUACCUGGGCGGCGCCGCAUCGGUGGUGAUACCUCAAGGAGCUGUUGCACCUCAAGGCGUUAGUGCAUCAGAGGCAGGUCAAGAUUGCGUUGCAGGACUGGUUGGGGAUGGGCAACUUGGGUGGCAGAGAUGGGAUUAA